ACGAUCGGCGUGGACAGUCAACAGGCACUCUCAGACACGGACGAGGAGGGCGGCCGGCCGGAGGAUAGCGCGCUGUACGCGCGGCUGGGUCUGCUGCUCGGUUCGGGCGCCGAACCGCGCUCCCCGGGCUCGGAGCGCUCGCGCUCCAGUCGCUCGGGCGCCAGCUCGGGCCGCGACUCGCACGCUUCACUGGCGCACCUCGACGCCAAGUCGGCCAACACCAGCCCCGUCUCGACACUCACCGGUUCGAGUGAGUCUGAGCUGGCGCACCUGCGCUCGGAGCGGAGACACGACAGCUUCGGCUCGCUGAUGUCCAUGUCGCUGAGUGGCUCCACCACCUCUGCCAGCCCGCUCAUCACAGCUCGGCGCAACUCGAUCGGUGGCCACGGAGCUGUCGACGAGCCGGGCGCGUUCCGCAGUCCUCGCGGCCAGCCGGGCAGGAGGUCGGCCCGCUGUCUUCGGGUCACGCCGCCCGCCGAAGCCAAAGCGCGCGUCUCGCCGUUCCGGCCGGCGCCUCUCAGUCUGAAGCCGCUGUUCUUCGAGGUGCCGCAGCAGGAGCAGGACCCGCUGUUCGUAGGCCGUCGCUGGCUGUUCGCCGAACUGAGUCGGGUGCUGCUCGGCUCGCCCAGCCGCGGCUGCGUUCUCGCCGGCAGCGUCGGCACCGGCAAGACGGCCGCCCUCCUCCAGCUGGUCGACUACAGCUGCUUCGGCCGCCGCGCCGCUCGGGAGGACGCCCUCUACCAGGACGCAUUCUCGGGCGGCCCCGGCCGGCCCCGAGCCGUCGUUGGCGGCGGCGGUCUCUUCUCUAGCGUCUGCGCGGUGCCGGAGGAGCUGCGCGGUCUCGGCAGCCGCGUGGUGGCAUACCACUUCUGUCAGGCGGACAACAGCGCCACCUGUCUGGUGCCCGAUUUCGUGCACUCGGUGGCGGCGCAGCUGUGCCAGGCGCCGCAGCUGACCGCCUACCGGGAGCACGUGCAGCGCUCGCCGGCACUGCAGGCGGCGCUGGCGCUGCGCUCGUGCGUCAGCGACCCGUCGGCGGCGCUGUCGCGCGGCGUGCUGGAGCCGCUGCAGCUGCUGCGCCGCACCGGCCAGCUCACGGGCGAGACAUGUCUGGUGGUGCUGGACGCCCUCGGAGAGGCCGAGUACCAUAAGCCAGAGUACGGCGACAACCUGGCAGCUUUCCUGGCGCGCCACCUGAUGAUGUUCCCGUCGUGGCUGAAGAUGGUAGUGACGGUGCGCUCCCAGAUGCAGGGCAUCGCCAGCCUGCUGCCGUUCCACAAGCUGAACCUGGACCGACUGCGCGACACAGACGAGCUGCAGAAGGACCUGGCCGACUACAUCGCCUUCCGCAUCAACAACUCGCCCUCCAUCACCAGCAGCAUCCAGGUGACGGGCGCCAAGGUGGAGGGCAGCAGCCAGUCCCGCUUCAUCGCCCACCUGGCCGAGCUGUCGCGCGGUUCCUUUCUCUUCAUCAAGCUGACGCUUGACCUGAUCGAGCGCGGCCACCUGGUGAUGAAGUCCUCCAGUUUCAAGGUCCUGCCGGUGAGCCUCAACGAGAUCUUCCUGCUUAACUUCAACCUCAAGUUCCCGACGCAGCGGUCCUACGAACAGGUGCAGCCCAUCCUCACAAGCUGCUUGGCCAGCCUCUGUCCGAUGAACGCCUACGAGAUCUAUCACUCGGUGAAUGCCAGCUGCACGCAGACGGCCCUUGGCUGGGACGAGUUCCUGCGCCGCUUCAAGACGCUCUCGGGCUUCCUGGCGCGCCGCAUGGACGACACGUACAUGCUCUUUCACCCGUCGUUCCGUGAGUGGCUGACGCGUCGUGAGGACAACGAGAGCCACAAGUUCCUGCUGGACGUGCGCGUGGGCCACGCCAACAUCGCGCUGCGCAUGAGCCGGCUGGAGGCGCCGCUCGACGCGCAGAAGACGCUCGAGCUGGGCCACCACGUGCUGAAGGCGCACCUCUACAAGAACUCGCGCGAGCUGCCGGUGCCACCGCGCGACCUGCAGGCGCUCUGGGUGGCCGCGGCGUCGGCCGACCUCUCCGCCGCGCUUGUCGCCGACCGCAACGCGCACAGCCCCCAACGUCAAGGUGCGCUGGUGGCGGCCGCGGGCAACGGCCAUCUGCAGAUCGCCGAGUACCUGCUCGACAUGGAGGAGGUGGCAGUGAACGCGUGCGACAUCCUGCACGGCGAGACGCCGCUGACGAUGGCGGCCGCUGCCGGCCACAAGCCGCUGGUUGAGAUGCUGCUGCGCCGCGGCGCCACCGUCGCCGCCGCCAACUCGAAGGGGGCUCCGCCGCUGCUGGGCGCCGUGCGGGAGGGCCACUGGGACAUCUGCGUGGUGCUGCUGGGUGCCUCGCUGGGCCGGGUGGACCGCGAAGGCCUGGCGGCGCUCUCCUGGGCGUGCCUGAAGGGACAGGCGCGCGUGGUGCGUACCCUGCUGGACGCCGGCGCCGACCUGCAGCACACGGACAGCGCCGGGCGCACGCCGCUCGACCUGGCUGCCUUCUACGGCGACGCAGACGUCGUGUCGCUGCUGCUGGACCGCGGCGCGGUAGUGGAGCACGUGGACCUGAAGGGCAUGCGGCCGCUGGACCGCGCCAUCGGCUGCGGUCACGUGCAGGUGGUGCAGUGUUUCCUGAGGAAGGGCGCCAAGCUGGGCGCUACCACCUGGGCCAUGGCCGACGGCAAGCUGGACAUCAUGUUCACCUUGUUGAACAAGCUGAACGAUGACGGCAUGACGCUGUACAAGAAGUGCCGCAUGCAGGAGGCAGACCAUCGCUUUACCUACGCGCUGAAGAAGUUCCCCGAAGGCAAGCUGCGUGAACACGAGGAGCUGUUCCGCCGGCUGCACGUCAAUCUGCUACUGAACCUGUCGCGCUGCAAGCGGAAACUCGGCGAGCACGCCAAGUCCGCCGAGCUUGCUACCCUGGCCAUGAACGUGCGACCGGAGGCGUUUGAGCCCUACUUCUUCCGGGCGAAAGCCAAGCACUCGCAGAACGAGGCCCUGCGGCUGGCGCCCAACAACCGCGAGGUGCGCCGCACAUUACUGCAGGUGCGCGAGCAGAUCCAGCACCCGGAGCUGGUGCCGCGCCCCCACCUGCUCGCCUCCAUGGACCCGCUCGUCAUGUCCCAAGGCUGA